AUGGCUCGCUGCAACGUCUGCUGCUUCUCGUUCACUUGCUACCACGGCUGCGGCCACUUCCUCCGGACCAGGCUUGACUAUCGGAGAACAUGUGUCGGCGAGGACUGCUCGCGCACGCACGAAGUCCUGAUGACAACGUCGGCUCUCAGAUGCACGGCGUGCCUCGACGCCCAGCUUGUCAAAAUGAGCAGCGGCCUGGGGCACUACCUGAGCAUCCAGGGGCAUGACACGGACUCGACGCUUCGGUUGCUCAAUGAGCACCGUGUCGAGUCAGAGGACGCCGAUACGUGGGCGCGCGAAUUGUUGGAGGCGAUUGUUCUGAGCAAAGGGGUUUAUAACCCGGAUUCUUACCGCAACGACAUAGCAUUCUUUCUCGGGAACAGACCGGCCGCCGUGCAGCACUUUCGGGUGUCCAAGGGGUUCGCGGACGCGUACGAGGUGGCCGAGAGGUACCAGCCAAGACGCUCGCCGUAG